AUGGCUUUAAGCUAUGAUUUGGAUAAUUAUCAAAGAAAAUUAGAUUCUUAUGAAAAAAUUGCUAUAGCUCAAUCUGCAAAAGCCUUUACUUCCAUUCAAAAAUCUUAGCUACUAAUUCAGCAUUUUACUCUAUUGAUUUAAUCAGUAAAUAGAGAAUUUUAUACAGUAAAUCACAAUAAUUAGAGGUUGAUGAGAAAGGAUAUAAAUUUUGUGGUUUAAAUUUGAUCAAAGGUGAAUUUAGACAUGGAGUACUUGAAAAAACAGUUAGCAAAAUAAAAGCUAAUAAAUUAAAUUGGUCUAUAUAUUUCAAUAGAUUUGCAACAGAAGCUGUUAUUACAAUUUUCAGAAUUGAUGAUAUGAUUAAGUAAGAACCAAAAAAAAAGAUAAAAUUUUAUGAAAUUUUUUUAAUAUCAGUAUUAAUCAUCUUAACAUCAAUUAAAGUUUUAGUAACAAUCAUGAAUGUAAUAUCUAUCUCCAGGUUACACUUACUUUGA